GUUUUUGCACGCAGCCUCAUUUUUCUUCUGAGUGCCAACUGAACGAUGUGAUCUCGUCGAUCGGACAGUUGGAAACGGUUGGAGCGAGAAAUCGGUGUACGACACAGCGUGUUUCCAGAUUAUGUUCUGAAAAUAUUGUUGGAGAGCUUCAGCCGCGUCUGAGUGUAAGCCAUGUGUCAGCCAGCGCGCCUGUGCCUCCGGGACGGGGUCUGCCUCAUCCCUGUCCCCACCGCCCAUUGCAGAGGACGUCUUCUUCACCAUGACUGAAGAAAAGGACACCUCUUGUGAAAGUGACUACGAGGACCCCGGCCUGGACGCGGACAGCAGUGUGGACGACAUUUCGGGCCUGGACUCGUCCCUGAGAGGCUCCGAGUUUUUCAGAGACUUGGCGGAGGGCCAGACGGCCCACGUGGCGCUCGCCCUCAGCACCCCCCAGCUGGACCACGGCUCUCCCCCCGGCCCCCAUUUCCUGAGCCCAGGGAUGCAGUUUCACCACGCGGCCAAUAGCAGCUCCUGCCCCGGCUUGCUGGCCUGCCAGGGAAGCUCCGCCCCCCUGCACCCGGACGCCGGCGCUGAUGUCCGGUACGCCGACAUGCCGGGGAGCGACGCCUCCGCCGCCCCCCCGGCCCACUCUGAGGCCCCGGGAGCAGGAGGAGGAGGAGGAGGAAGAGGAGAGGGGGACAUGGACUCGGAUGUAGAGAGCUUCCCCCUCCUGGUGCGGUCCAUGUCGACGUCACGGAGACACAGCUGGGAGGCGCCUCCGCUGUCACCGCUGGACCCAGGAAGGAGAUUCAGCUUGGACACCGCAGCCAUGGACAGCGAUGGGGAGAGGGAGGAAGACGAUUCACUGGAGUCCUCGGGCGGACUGGGAGCCGCGGCAGGGGAGACAGACCUGUCACGCUGCAAACCAAAGGAAACAGAGGAGCUGAGCAUUUCCAGGAAGACCCUGUUCUCCAGGUCUGACAUCCUGGCGUCAGACCAGUCCCGCGCCGCGCGUCUGUCCCGCGUGCUGGAAACCUCCAAACAGGCCGCGGCGGCGGAGGGAGCAGAGGAUCACGACCUGGAGAACUUGCAGACGGCAGAGGGACAGUGUCGCAUGCUGAUGGUACAGAAGGUGCUGCGAGAGCUAAAGCAGUACCACGGAGCCAAGCAGAGGACGGAAUGCAGGGAGGAAACAGCGCCCUCGGAGAACGUCACCUGGUAUGAAUUCCUCUCCAAGGAAAACGAUGAGGAAGAAGAGGACCGGGCAGAGAAAGUGGAGAAGGGCCGAAAGGUUAAACGCACUCUGAGUAACCUGAAGAACAGGAUGGCUGGUUCUUUCAAUAAAGACAAGGGUAAGGGUCGAGAGAAAGAGCCGCAGAAAGAGAAGGGGAAAGAGAGGGAGCCCAAAGAGAAAUCGAAGUUGCGCAGGAACAGUACCUCUGGGCACCAGCUGGUCCCGGGCAUCUUUUCCAACUGUGCCACCUGCUCUCUGUGCAGCAAGAGCCUAUUGAGGAAGCAUGGUCUGCAGUGUGUGAAUUGUGCUGUGAACGUCCACAAGAACUGCAGGACCCUGUUGGCCGAGUGUAGCAACAGCAAGAGCAAGCAGUUGAGGGACUCCCUGCCGAGAAACACCGGGGUAGUGCAGAGUACUGUGCAGUUCUAUAACCAAGCCCUCAGGGACCAGCGCCGCUCCUCCACCCUGCCCGCCGCCAAUGGCCCCUCCUCCUCCGCCCCGCCGCGCGCCACAGGCAUGACCAUCACCCCGCGAGCACACAACCAGCCCGCCGCCUCCGCCAACGCCGCCCUCAGCCACAACAGCAGCUCCGGAUCCAUCGCAGGGGAGAUGGACGAAACUGACGGGCUCCGGUUCAAGCCCCUGUCGGACGACUCGGUGUCGCUGGCCCCCUCCACCGCCGAGUCCGUCAUCGUCGAAGACGCCCAUUACGCUGCCCUGAGGGCGGACCUGGAGGCUGACGCCCAGGACCUGGAGCCGGAGUCCUGGAGCCUGGCUGUGGACCAGAGCUUUCUGAAGGGGCACCCGAAGGAGGCCGUGAAGAGGCAGGAUGUCAUUUACGAGCUGAUGCAGACGGAGAUGCACCACGUGCGCACGCUGAAGAUCAUGCUGCGGGUGUAUGCGCACGCGAUGCGUGAGGACCUGCAGCUGGAGGAGCGCAGGGUGGAGCGCAUCUUCCCCCAGGCGGAGAACCUGCUGGAGAACCACCGCCGCUUCCUGUCCCGCCUCAAAGAGCGCCGGCGCGAGUCCCUGCAGCCGGGCAGCGAGCACAACUACGCCAUCCAGAGGCUGGGGGACGUCCUGUGCGCCCAGUUUUCAGGCGAGGCUGGAGACAGAAUAAAGGAGAGCUACAGUGAAUUCUGCGGUCACCACAACGAAGCGCUCAGCUAUUACAAAGAGCUGCAGCAGAACAGCAAGAAGUUCCAGAGUCUGAUGCGGAAAAUCAGCAACCUGUCCAUUGUGCGUAGGAUGGGGGUGCCGGAGUGCAUUCUGUUGGUAACGCAGCGCAUUACUAAGUACCCCGUCCUGGUGGAGCGCAUCCUGCAGAACACUGAAGCUGGCACGGAAGACCACGAGGAGCUGACGCGGGCCCUGGGCCUGAUCAAGGACGCCAUCAUGCAGGUGGACACGCAGGUGAACGAGUGCGAGAAGCUGUCGCGGCUGAAGGAGAUCGCCGCCAAGAUGGAGCCCAAGUCGCUGGGCAAGAUCAAGGACGGCCGCGUCUUCCGCCGGGAGGACCUCUGCCAGGGCCGGCGCAAGCUGCUCCACGAGGGCACCGUCAACUGGAAGGCCGCCUCCGGCAGGCUCAAAGACGUCCUUGCAGUGCUCCUGUCAGACGUUCUCCUGCUGUUGCAAGAGAAGGAUCAGAAGUACACUUUCUCCACUGUGGACAACAAGCCGUCGGUGAUCUCGCUGCAGAAGCUGAUCGUGCGGGAGGUGGCCCACGAGGAGAAGGCCAUGUUCCUCAUCUGCGCCUCCUCCAAAGAGCCCGAGAUGUACGAGAUCCACACCUCCUCCAAGGAGGAGCGCAACAUCUGGAUGCCGCUGAUCCGGCAGGCGGUGGAGAGCUGCCCGCACAUGGAGGAGGGGCUGUUCAGUGAGCAGGAGGCGGCGCGAGCCAGCAGACUCAAAGAGAUCCAGGAGCGCCUGAGCCAGAAGGAUGCGCAGAUAGCGCAGAGCCUGACGGAGAAGCUGCAGAUCUUCGCCGACUGCGCAGAGGUGAUCGCGGGCCUGGAGGACACCGGCUCCCACUCUCGCCUGCUGCUGCGCGGCGACGCCUCCGAUCUCCAGCAGGGGGAGCAGCUUCUCAAGGGAGCCAUCACUGAAGUGGAGAACCUGCAGAACCUCCUGCUGUCUGGCGUGAGAGACUCCGCUCCACGUCCAGAGGAGAUCCAGGGCCAGGGCCAGAGCCAGGGCCAGGGUUCGGGGGUGCUGCCCCGCCGAGCGGACACCUUUGGGGGCUACGACAGCAGCACCGGCGUCCUCAGCAAGAAUGGCAGCGUGAAGAAGACCUACAGCAGGGACGGCAAGACCCCCCGGGAGAGGAGCCAGAGGGCCAGCUCCGACCCUCAGCUGAAGGAGAUCUGCGCUGCCGAGAGCCUGGAGGAGUUCGUUGGCGAGGCCUCUCCAGCAGACUGGAACCCCAUCUGGUCAAACUCCUUCCCCGAGGCGGAGUUCUUUGAUCGGGUGCUGAUGCUGUCACAGAGGCUGUACAGCUUGCAGGCCAUCAUCUCCCAGCAGGACAGCCACAUCGAGCUGCAGCGGGCCUCGCUGACCGAGCGGGAGCGGCCCGGCCGUCACCGCGGCAACGUGCUGCUGGAGCAGGAGAAGCAGCGGAACCUGGAGAAGCAGCGGGAGGAGCUGGCCAGCUUCCAGAAGCUGCAGAGCCAGCACCGGCAGGAGCAGGCGCGCUGGGAGCGCGAGCGGCAGCGCCAGCGGCUGCAGACCGAGGCCAGCGAGGCGCGCCUCCGCCAGCGCGAGGAGGAGUGCCGCCGCCUGGAGGCGCGGCUGGCCGAGGAGCGCCAGGAGCUGGAGCGCCAGCGCGAGAAGUACCAGCAGGACCUGGAGCGGCUGCGCGACUCCACCCGCGCCGUGGAGAAGGAGAAGGAGCGCCUGGAGCAGCUGAAGAAGUUCAAGAAGCACAAGACCAUCGCCAACCCCGGCCUCUUCGCCCUGGAUCCACAGGUCCUGCCGUUGUCAUCCAGCUUCAACGGAGAGCUCCUGAUGGGCGGGGCCGGCGACCUGGCGCUGACCUCCAAGCCUCCCCACGUCCGGUCCAGCCUGUCCAUCGCCCCCGGCGACUACCUGGAGCGGCGGGAGAGCGGGAACGCGGCGCCCGUGAAGACGGAGGUGCCCAUCCACCUGAUCAGCACCACCAACCAGCUGCACAAGCAGGGCGGCGUCCAGCAGCAGAUCCCCACCAAGCUGGCCGCCCUCAGUAAGGGCAGGGAGAAGAGCGGCAGGGCCAAGGGCUCGCAGCGCUCCGAGAGCUCAGCAUCUGUGGACAUGAAGCAGAUGCUGCCUCUGAAGCUGUCAGGGAGAGAGGACGGGAGUUUAAGAGCGAAGAGAUCUGUGAGUCCUCUCCAGCUCUCCCACCCAGAUCCUGCAAUCCCUCCGGAAAGCCACCCCGACCCCCAGCCCGCGUACAGCGGCAGCGUCCCCAAACAGCCCAGCCAGAGCGCACUGCAGAACACGCCCCCGGCCUACACCGCCACGGAGGACGUGGCCAAGGAGGACGUCAUCUUUUUCUGAACUCCAUCCCCCCCACCACAGGCAUUAUGGGACAGAGCCAGGACCAAAAGGGCGGGGCCUCUGAUAUCUAAUAAGAGAGCAGAGUUAUUUGCUUCGCUCCCCAUAAAAAAAGAAAAGAAGUAUCCAUGAGGUACCAAAAUAGAUGUAUUUUUAGAGUUUUUUUUUUUUUACUACAGUUAUUUUUUCAUGAAUGUAUUUUAUUAUGUCCUGUUCUCAGAUACUGGCACCUGUUCUAAAUUCAGCCCAAAAAAAAAAAAGAAGUUAAAAGUGGUACGCAAAAGAGGAAGAUGGAGAUAUUUCCUGGUGGAUUGGUAUUAUGAAGGGGGUUCCCCUAGUGCUCCAUGGGCGAGAAAGAUGCGCUUGUUAAGAAAGGAUCCCUAAAUGAAGCGUUGACUCGGUGUUCAUUUGCCUGGACAGGUGUCUGUUUUGCACAGUGUGAACAUGAAUGGGCAGGCAGGAAAAGGAACAAACUCAGUUUCCUUGGUAUUUUACGUUCGCUAAAAACGAUGAGGCGGCAGUUGAUUUUGAUAAAAACGAACCUUGGAUUUGUGGGGAUACUUUUUUCCCCUUCUUUGUUGGUCUUCAUGAAACUUCCUAGUUGGUCAUAAUGCAGCUAUGUGCACAUGGUUUUAAGUAAGAAGGUUCCCGCAAGUCAAAAGCCUUUUAUAUGCAGAAUUUAUAGAAAGCCGUUUAGUUUCGAGGAAACUUUCCCAGACACCAGCCAGCAGCAUCGUUUGUGUUUUACAAUAAGCCUUACGAAAUAUUUUCCAGCAGAUCUUAAACCUGUAGCGGUAGUCAGAAGAAGCUGUGCUGAAAUAAAUAUUUGACUCAUGAAGUAUUUAGAAUCCUCUGAAGAAUGAUGACAGGCACUGUUUGUGACCCAAGUCUCUAAAUGCACUCUGGUCUUAAAAGGCUUGUGCUGUUAUAGUUAUCCUGAGCUCUCAGAGUCAGGGAGUAAAAUCAGAGCUUCAGGGUAGCUUUUUCAUCAUGAAUGAAUGGGAAAGGGGUUUCAGAGUGCAGCAGAACUGAGAGGCCCCACAGUCAUUGGUCUGUCAUUUCCUCACUUAGCCUCAGCGAUAUCGUCCAUUUUAAUCGCAGCGGUUCUGGGUCCCGUCUGUCUCCUCACGGUAUGCGAAAAGCCAAACAUUGAAAUCAUCGUGCCGCACCAUAGCAAGGCACAACAUGGCACCUGUACCAUUCCAAAUAAAGACACUGUGAUGACCAGGCAGUGCUACGUCACUGGGCCACCGCUUCAAACCGUGACUGAAGUGAAUGCCAGUUCUCUAUUUGGGCAGCCCUUCUGUUUGCAUAAGCAUCAAUACUUAAGUCUUAAAUUCCAGCCAUUUUAUACUUGUCCCCUCAUCAAAUUCCAUUUCCACCUGGUGUACACUUUGACUGUCAGGUGUACACUUUGACUGUCAGGUGUACACUUUGACUGUCAGGUGUACACUUUGACUGUCAGGUGUACACUUAAACUGGUCAAUGUACACUUAAACUGGUAGGUGAGGACUUAACUGGCGGGUGUAGACAAACUAUAGCUGCGCUGGGUUCCACUAGCCAUUCACCAGGAAAUGAUGGUUUUAUUAUUUUAUUUUUUCGAUGAUGCAUCUAGGGUGCAGAUGAGAAAAUAUAUUUAUGUGUAUAUAUCUCAUUAUAUGUCAUUGUACAGAACUGAACAGGAUAAAUGCUCUCCUUUCCUUGAUGGUACUAGAGUCAAAGGUAGCGAAGCAGGGUCAAAGUUGCCAAAGUUGAAAUACCUGAACGCCCCAGUUACCCCAGCGAAUUCCCCAACGUGAAAAAUCUGUGAACACGUGGGCAUUCCUUUCCACUGUGAUCAUUUUGUUUGAUGUAACAUUUCUGUGCGUUUGACCCGACUGUAUAUACUUUAUGAAGUCUGAAGCUCUGAUGUAAAUGUUCCUGUGAAGAGUAGCCUAGUCCUGUUUUAUUUUUUUUAUUAUUAUAAUUAUUUUUGAAGUAAGGAUGUCCAAGCUUGGCAGUAAGUAUUUUCUUAACUGAUGAAGGUUCCCAAAAGGUGGGUGACGUUUCUUUGCGGUGGUCUUUAGGGGAUUAGUUCCUCGUGACUUGUUGUUUGCCCAUUUGGACCAAAGGGGAAGAGCAGACUGUGAGUUGAGGCGAGUUCUCUGACAGCACAGAAAGCAGGGUUUUUCCGGUAUAAACCUGUGAGGUCUGACCGCUGUACCGUCUGGUCAUGGCGAUGAAGGAAUACCUUGUACGUACAGUUUUGUGUCUCUUUUAAUCUCUCUGUCAAGAGUGUUGUGAGGGUUAUGAAUUGGUACAUUGUAAUUGUUUUAGUGUAUAUUUUACAAGUCAUUGUAAUCAUUUUGAUAUACUUGGUACUAGGUGCGAUUUAAUUGUCACCAAUCUGUUCUAACGGCAGAUGUAUGUUUUUAUUUUGAUUACCAAAGAGUCUGCUUGUGACUAGUGCUUAUGUAAAAUCGUUCUUUUUUUGUCUAUUAAUUUAGAGAGGUUACGUGAAACUGCUUUCCCUUCAGACAGCAAGAAACAUUUUUCAGAAGUGUAAAAGUAAUUUAAAAUGAAGUGUAUUGUCAAAGGUGAAUUGUGUGUGAUAUUGACAGGAUUGUAGUUUCUGUCCUUCCUCUGUCCAUCACUGGUCUGCGGAGCACUUUAUAUCCGAUCGUUGGUGAAGCUCUUUGACAUGAGUGACAAUCACAUUCUCAGAGCGCCUGCUGGAAAAAAAAUUUAAUUUCCCGACCACUAGCUCGAAAUAGCACGAAGGACUCGCUCAAAAAACCAGCCACAUAUUUAAAGUACGUAGGAGAUGAAGGUGGUGAUAUGAAGUUUUUUUUUUUGUUUGUUUUUUAGAUGAAACUAAAGCAAUUACAUGUGUCAUUUUCUUACACAAAGUUUGAUCUGUGGAUGUAAAUAGUGACGAACUCCGCCAAUUACACUAGUCACUUUCGGAUAGUUUUGAACUUGAAGGGGUAAUUACUGCGUCAUUAUGCAUUUUAUUGUUUGUAUACUUUUAACAGACGUUUCAUGAGAUCUGUAGCAGAACGAUGAUUUUUCUUUUGUUAAAUGCUGUUUUAUCCACUGUGAGACUGACGCCUGUGGACAUAACUACUGCCUUAGAGAAAGAAUGACCAAUUUUAGUAAUAAAAAAAAAAAUCCAAAACAUGGAA